UCAAUGGAACAUUAGUUUUUGUUUGUUUGUUUUUCUCAAGUUUUGUUUGAUUUGAUUUUUUUUUCUUCUAUUUAUUGGUUAUAAUUUCAAUUGUUAUUUUCUGUGAUUUCUAAAUAUAAAUAAUCUACGGGCGAUUAUCACAAUUCCAUUGGGUUAACUCUUCUUCCUUAUUGUCUUUGAAGUUCUCUUCUGGGUUCCCUUUUCGAUGUUAUUCUUGUCUUCCAUCCUCUCAACUUUUUCUCCACCACCACCACCAUCAUCAUCACCACCACCACCAUUACCAUCAUCAUAAUCAUCAUCAUCAUCAACAUAACCACUUCCACCACCACCAUAAUCUUUCUUUCUGUCUCCUCCUUGGUUUUAAAGGAAGAGAGAUAAGGGGAAUAAGACCUUUUAACUGCCCAACAAACUACAGAAUCUUUUGGUUAUCUCUUUUGCUUUUUUCUUUUGCCUUUUCGAUAUUUUCGCCUAUCCUAUUUACCCUCUUCAUCUUCCUUUUCUUCCUCUCCCAAGACCAUCUCUCUUUUUUGCUUUUUUUCACCCUCAGUGUGUCUUCCUCUCUCUCUCUCUCUCUUCCCUUCUCUCCCUCUCUAUCUUCCUACCUCAUCGGUUGUAUCUUUCUCACACACACAACACACUCGGUGGAUAUUUUUGCUUUUUUUUCCUGAACAAUACCUUUUAUCAUCUGUUUUGAUAAGUCAAUCUCUCUACCUUCAUUCGCUUAUUUUUACCCUCAUCUUCAUACACUUUGAUCUGAUUGGGUUCUCUCCAUUCUCCCUCACUCUCUGUGUAAUCUUCAUUUUAUUUUUUGAUUGUUUGGAUUCAUCGUUGAUUAUUUUCUGGAACUUUUUUGCUGUACUUUCAUUUCUCUUCUCUACCCUCUCUCUCUCUCUCUCACCAUUCCAACUGAUUACUCAACCAUCAUCAUCCUGUUCACAAAAAGUUACUACAUCUUGUGCUUCAUUUACCUCUUUUUCAUCUCUACUGGUGAAUAUCUUUUUCUUUUUACAAAGUGACGAUCCUUGUCUCUUCAUCUUCUCUUCUAACUGAGUCCCUUACACAACACAAACACACACACACAGUUUCUGUUUUUUGGGUGUUUUUGCUUGGAUUGGUUUAUGUGCUUGGAAACAGGUACCUUGUUGUUAAAACCUGUUUUUCACUCUCAUGGAAAAUUUUGGUCUCUCUCCGGACAAAGUGGAAAAGCUUUACCACCAAGCUCUUCGUCUUAAUCAUCUCACAUCUCAAGUUCAUCUCAUGCCAACCGAAAAGAAGAGUAAUGGUGAAUCUUCUAAGGUUAAAGCUCGACCUUCAACGGGUAAAAUAAGUAACAAUAAUAAUAAUAAUAAUUGUAAAGCAACACCUAACUCAGCAGGAACCAUGAGAACAGACCAAUACUCUUCAUUGUUGGACCAAUCGUUGCGAGAAUGGGAAGUUUUCAAAUAUGGUGAUGAUUAUGGUUUCAAAGAUCUACCCACUGAUCCAACCACUAGUAGUCCAAAAGACCAAUACCCUGGCCAAUACUCUGGUGAACACAAUAAUGAUACCAACAAUAGAAUCUCAUCAAAUUUGAUAAGUGAUAACUUUAACAAUUUAGUUGAUGAUGAUGCUUUCAGUGGAGAUUUUAUCAGUGUUCUUAAUAAUGUUGAAGUAAUCGGUGAAAAGUUUGUCAAAGAAAUUCAAGCCAUGAAGAAACUUUUCAAUUCAAAUGAUACAUUUAAAAAUCAAUUUGAAAAAGUUUUCUGUACAUUGAGAAGAGAAAAGAUUAGAUUGGAAAUUGAUCUUCUUCAAGCAAGAAGAUGCAUUGAAAGUCUUAAAAAUCAAUUAGUUAUCGUUCAAGAAGAAGCCGAUCAAUGUAGAAGAGAAUUAGAUGAAGAGAGACAUUGUUCAAAUUUACGAAUCCAAAAGAUGAUGAGACGAUUUAAUGAUACCAAAAACGCUCUGGAUAAAACACAGAAACAAUUGGCCAUUCGACGGAUUAAUUCAUCUAAAGAAAGCUCAAAAUCAACGAUGAUCACACCACCAACUAUAACACCCAUCAUAACAAUUAAAGCAUCAAUCAACAAAAGUAACAAUAAUAAUAAUAACAGUCAACAUGAUUCAUCCCCAGAAGGAAAAUCUUAUGGUGAAAAUGGUGAAGCAAUGGAAGAACCAGCAGGAUCACCUGAAUCUUGUAAUGAACAAGCACAAGAUGAUUUAUUACCUUCAUCUCGUAAUGGUAAAUCUCCAACCAGUAAUUCAUCAGUUGAUUUAAACUCAAAUCUAAAUGGUGAAUGUGAUUUAAGUGAAGAGCUUGAUUUAAGCACCAAUCAUGCUGAUCAUCCAAUGAAUGGAAGCGCUGCUUGUAACAGUGAUUCAUUUGAAGUAACCCUUGAAGAGAUGGGCUUAGAUUGUUUACCAAAUGAGACCAAUGAUCCUUGUAUAUGUGCUGCUAUUGUUAUGAACAAAGGACGAAUUAUUUUGCACAAUUUAAAAAGAUCAGAAUAUUUGGCAACAAUUUACGAGUAUCGUAAAUAUCGCCCCGAGUUUACUGAUGGAGACAACGAUUCACCAAUGGAUCCAAAUGAGGAAGAUUAUGAUUUUGUUAAUAUGCUUCCAGGUUCUUGGUUCAAUUCAAACAUUGACGGCUGGUUCAUUGGUAGCGAAACACCCGAAGAGAAAAAUCGAAAUCAUCCAAGAUUAUCUGAUUAUAUCCUUCUCGAAGGUCUAAUACCUGUUGAGAAGGCGCUUUACAUUCAACAUGUUGUUAUGAAGGAAGAUGUUAAACACGCAACUCAAGUGGCCUCCGUUCUGAUCCGUCGAGUUUUACCAGAUAUUUAUGUUAAAAAUUCUCUUCUCAGUGGCAAUACCCUCAAAGAUGAAUAUCCACCCGCUAAAUGUUUCAUCGAAUCAUUGGCCAAUGGUUUACCUCUUGGUGUUGGUUAUCGUAGAUUUUUAGCCAUUCAAGCUCACGCUUUUCGAGUGAUUGGUAAAUAUGGUCCAUUAAGCUAUAUCGAAAUACAAUCUGUCCGUACAACAAUCAGCAAGUGUCUUAAAGAGCGUCGUCGAGAUGAUCGACGAUCUGGUUUAAAGCGAAAACGUUCAUCCACCUCAGUGCUUCCUUUAUAAAAUACAAAUUCAAUUGUAAAUAAUGACCACAAUUCCCAUUUACCGAUCUAAAUUUUGGACCUGGUAAACUAAUCGCACAUCUAAAAUUCUGUACAUCGCCUUAUUCAUUCCAAUUUUAUUCACCAUCGUGAUCUUAUCUCUCUUCAAAUUUUCAUACAUUUAUCAUAAUCUUGGCGAUUAAUUUGAUCUCAUUCAUGAAAAUUGUUCCUACCGCCAACUGUUUCCCUGGUGAAUUGUAACUUUAUUUUCCCGUUAAUCGUUAAUAUCAAGCCAUCAUUUUUAUCACCACCGUCAUUAUCAUCACCACCACCGCCACCAUUAACAAUAACAAAUUACCACCAGCAUAUUCAUCUUAAUCAUAUCAUGAUUACAACAAUCAAAAUGUUGAAACAAAAAUCAGCCGCUUGUCCAAGCACAAAACUCCCUCACCACUGUGCUUUACAGAGUUAAUUUAGAUAUAAUUUGAUUAUUGAUUAACCUUAUUUUGUACAUUUCAACCCACCAAUAUCGCCUUAAUCUCUUACCAGGAUGGGUGAAAAAAACUCACAAACAAUUCAAAUUAGUGCAACAAUUAAAAGUUGAUUGUUCGCAUCCUCAAACUAUUCAUCAAAAUGCUUUAAUUAAAAAGUGUUUCAUCUGUGCAUCAUUUUUAAACUUUAAUUCCAUCCCAGAGAAUGUGUAUGAAUCUUUCAGUCGUAUUUGUAUCCUCAUCAUUCCCACUCGAAAUCUAUGUAAUCAUAUUGACAAUUCCAUCAUCAUCAUCAUCCAUAAAAUCAAAGAGGAAAUUUUUCCAUGAUUUAAGUUUAAGGGAAACAAUUGAAACUUAAUUUGAUCGGAUUUCAGUGUUGAAUACUGACAAUAAGAUGAAAUAUAAUCUAAUCAAGAUUAAUCUCUAUUUUUUAAUUUAUCGUAAAGACAAUUAUUGUAAGAUUUUGACUCGAACCAUGAAAUAUUCCGAUUCUUUGAUCACCCCAAAUUCUGGUGACCAAAGGAUUUGAAUCUAAAUAAAUAUAAAUUAACUGA